UUUGGUCACGCCCACUCCCGCGAGAACGCGCCACCUCCCAGUAAUCCUCGCGGCAGACGUUACCGGCGCCCUUCAGCGCGGAAGAAACAUGGCGUCCGCUACUCGCAUUAUCCAGAGGCUUCGGAACUGGGCAUCCGGGCAAGACCUGCAGGCGAAGCUGCAGCUACGCUACCAGGAGAUCGCCAAGCGGACUCAGCCUCCUCCUAAGCUCCCUGUGGGCCCCAGCCACAAGCUGUCCAACAAUUAUUACUGUACUCGAGAUGGCCGUCGGGAAUCUGUGCCCCCCUCCAUCAUCAUGUCCUCUCAGAAGGCUCUGGUGUCAGGCAAGACAGAGGAGAGCUCAGCUGUGGCAGCCACUGAGAAGAAGACAGUGACGCCUGCUCCUCCUGUGAAGAGGUGGGAGCUGUCCAAGGACCAGCCUUACCUGUGACACUAACCUGAGCCACCUGGCCAUGUUCUCAGGGCCAUCUGAUUGCUUCUCUUUCUUGGAAUACUUCGGGGGAAAAUGUGACCUAAUUUAUAAUAAAUAUAUAGAGCUCCACAUU